AUACCCGCCUCCUUCAACCUAGAGCCUCACAUCUGGAGUCAUUCCUGCAGGAGUUUGAUCCUUCUGACUUGCACUUUUUUUGUAAAGUAGUUUUGUUCAUCUCUGUCGCAGUCAUGCCGAUGUUUGUAGUGAACACAAAUGUUGCUAAAGACUCGGUUCCGGCGGAGCUGCUGUCGGAGGCCACGCAGGAGCUCGCCAAAGCCAUGGGCAAACCCCAGCAGUACAUCGCCGUACAGGUUGUGCCGGAUCAGAUGAUGAUGUUCGGGGGAAAAGGAGACCCGUGUGCGCUCUGCUCGCUCACCAGCAUCGGGAAGAUCAGCGGCGCGCAGAAUAAACAAUACUCCAAACUCCUCAUGGGUUUACUCAACAAACACCUCGGCGUUUCUGCUGACAGGAUCUAUAUAAACUUUGUUGACAUGGAUCCAGCCAAUGUGGCCUGGAACAACAGCACCUUUGGAUAAAUAUGAUGGAUGUAUGGCCUGAUAUAAGGCUGCGCUUUGUCAUUCCAGCUGUUGAGAGUUUAAUGCCAUCAGUCGAUUGAGUCUUAACACACAGCACUUACGGCAGACAGCAUCUUGCUUUGACAAUAAAGUUUCCUUUAAACUGUAAA